AUGCUAGAGACACAGCGAUUCCUGAUGAGUUACUGGCAUUCGUCUGCGUCGGACGCUAUGAUAUCUCAAACCCAUCAUCUCACCUAUGCGAAUCGGGUUCGUAUUCGGCAACCUGGUGAUGCUAGCUUUGCUUUGGGACCCCAUGUGGAUGGUGGCAGCGUUGAACGCUGGGAGGACAAUGGAAACGGCUUAGGCCCGGUCUAUCAAAAGAUCUUUGAAGACCUCUAUAAUGGAGCUGGCGCUUGCUCUAUGUUCCGCAUGUUCCAGGGUUGGCUCAGUAUGUCUCACACGGGACCAAAGGAGAGAACUCUGCUGGUGAACCCUCUCCUCUCGACGGCGACUGCCUAUACCCUCCUACGUCCUUUCUUCGAACCUAUCAUGACGCCCCCUGGAGAAAACUCACCGCGCAUUGCCAUGGAUACAUUCUUGGAGUCCACCAAUUGGGGCCUUCAGGAUACACCCACCAGCAAGCCGGAGGGGGCUACUCCAGGUUACUCGCAAGAGCUGAACUCAUUGCUCCACCCACACCUUGAUCUUGACAAGACAAUGGUGCACGUUCCUAAAAUUGGACCUGGUGAUUAUGUUGCCUGGCACUCUGACAACAUUCACGCCGUUGAUAAGGUCCACAACGGUAUCGGAGACUCAAGUGUGAUGUAUAUCCCUGUCUGUCCUGUUACCGAAGCCAACGUGGACUGCCUGAAACGCCAGAGAUCCGAUUUCAUCGAGGGCAUUCCUCCGCCUGAUUCCUGGCGGAAGGGGUGA